GACAAGCAUGACAUUGAGCCAGGCCACAGAUGCAUGCCCACUCAAAAGGCCCAACUGAGAGCCAACCCCCUCUGCUUCCCGGCUUUCACCCAGCCUCUCAGAGGUGGGGUGUCGACGGGGCGUAGCUAGUCUCCUGCACCCCCACGUAGAACCUCACUGUGAAACUGGAGGUGUCUGAUGGAUCAGGGUAGUAGCGAGCAGAGUCCAGAGGAGCCGGACGCAGGAGGCCGAGCAGAGCUGGAGGUCGGCAGGAGGGCGUCGGAGUCAGAGCACGGCUUGUCCAAAAUCACCCAUAAUGCCCUGGAGAACAUGGGAGCGUUGGGCCAUGGCCUGAAGCAGUUCUUCCAGCCACAGCGCCGACGCUCCUCCGUUUCCCCACAUGACUCUGUCUCGUCCUGUGCAAGCGCCCCUCCCUCUGAGCCCGCUGACGCAGGGUCUGAAGUAGGGGACGCUCCUGCCUCCUCGGCCCUGCCUCUGGAUUCUGACAACCACGCUGCUUCCGCCCCCCCUGCAGCUCUGAGCCGUGUCCUGCAGCAGAUCCGAGGCCCACCCAUGAUGAAGCGAGGCACCAGCCUGCAGAGCCGCCGCAGCAAGGCUGGGGGCCCCGGGGACCCUCCCCAGAAAGGUAGCCCACAGAUCCACCGCCGCAGCACACAUGAGGCCCUGCUGCAGGCUGGGCGCCCGCGCUCAUCCUCCACCACAGAUACCCCCACCAGCCCCGCUCUGGACAUGCUGCUGACCUCCGGUUACCAUUCCACUGAAGAGCCUGACAAGCUGGAUAGAUAUGAUGGAUCGGGCCUUGCAGUGUCACCCAAUGCCCUCCCCUACGGUGCAGAUGGGUACGAUGUUGUGGACAGUACUCCAGACCCACAGCGGACUAAGCAGGCUAUUGCCCAGCUACAACAGAAGAUCCUCAAGCUCACAGAACAAAUAAAGAUAGAACAGACUGCUCGGGACGACAACGUGGCUGAAUACCUGAAACUAGCCAAUAACGCAGACAAGCAGCAGAGCGCACGCAUCAAACAGGUGUUUGAGAAGAAGAACCAAAAGUCGGCUCAGACGAUCCAGCAACUGCAGAGGAAGCUGGAGCACUACCACCGAAAGCUUCGUGAGGUGGAGCACAAUGGCAUCCCUCGCCAACCCAAAGAUGUUUUCCGAGACAUGCAUCAGGGUCUGAAAGACGUUGGAGCAAAGGUAACGGGGGGCCUGUCCAGCUUCUCUCAAGCCACCCAUUCUGCAGCUGGAGCGGUGGUGUCCAAGCCAAGAGAAAUAGCCUCCCUCAUCCGCAACAAGUUUGGCAGUGCCGAUAACAUUGCAGCCCUGAAGGACUCUCUGGAUGAAACCCAGGGAGAUGAGGGUGUUGGCACGGGGGGAUCACGGACCCUGGGCGCGGGCCAGUUGCAAUCCAGCCCAAAGUACGGGAGCGAUGAGGACUGCUCUAGUGCUACGUCUGGUUCUGCUGGAGCCAACAGCACCCCCGGAGCCCCCGGUGGCCCCCCCAGCUCCAGGGGCAAUACUCUUGAACAGGCCCAAGCUUCAGGCUUUGAUGCUAUACUGCACGAGAUUCAAGAGCUCCGGGACAACCAAGGUCGACUAGAGGAGUCCUUUGAAGAUUUAAAGGCCCAUUAUCAGCGGGACUACACCAUGAUCAUGGAGGCUCUGCAGGAGGAGCGAUACAGGUGUGAGCGUUUAGAGGAACAACUCAAUGACUUGACGGAGCUCCACCAGAAUGAAAUCCUGAACUUGAAGCAGGAACUUGCCAGUAUGGAGGAGAAGAUUGCUUAUCAGUCUUAUGAAAGAGCGAGAGACAUACAGGAGGCACUGGAGGCUUGUCAGACCCGCAUCUCCAAGAUGGAGCUGCAGCAGCAGCAGCAACAGCAGCAGCAGGUGGAGAACGCCACAGCUCGGACUCUUCUGGGAAAACUGAUCAAUGUGCUGCUAGCUGUUAUGGCCGUCCUUUUGGUGUUUGUAUCCACUGUGGCCAACUGUGUCGUCCCUUUGAUGAAAACACGGAGCCGCACUCUUUCCACGCUGCUCCUCAUUAUCAUGCUCGCCUUCCUGUGGAGACACUGGGAUGCUAUUUCAGAGUAUCUGCACCGCUUUCUCCUGCACCCCAGAUGACCGACUUGGGGGGGCAUAUUGAAAAUGAUGAAGGGUCUUUGGCUUUGAAGCUGAGGUGUGAAGGCAGAACAUGUACUGCUGAAGGUUGAGUCUUAAUUGUCCUUAAUUUCCCUAUUUUUUCUCAAGACAAUCAGGAGUGUAUCAGAAGUCUAUCACUUACCACUUUCUGAACUGCGUUUUUGAGAAGAAAAUAUCCAAAAAGGGAAAGAUAACGGAUGGAAGCUUGACGUAGGUGCAAUUGUGACACGAGUACAUGCUGUAAAGGUGAAGGGAGUGUAGUUGAAGAAGAGGCUGAGAGAACUGCACACUUUAUUUCUCUGCUGAGGGAAUUUGUUUACAUGUGGAGAACAUCAUUGUUUCUUCACAGAAGAAAUUCAGUUGUAUUACUUUUGAGCUGAUUCAAGUGGUAUUGUUUUGAAGUCACUGCUAUUUUUAUUACAGACGAUCGAUGAGUUUCUCUUUUGUAAUGAGCUGACGGUGUUGUGCAGAUGUAGUUGCCCACAUUGUUUUUUUGUUUUGUUUUUAAAAAAAAAAAGCUUUUUCUCUUCUGGUCUUGUGAUUCUGAUAUUUUCAGUCUGCUUUUUUUUCUCCUUUUCUCAAUCUUUUUUUAAAUUUCAGCUUUCAAGGCCACCUCCUCUUCUUGCUCUCUACACGCUGAAGAAUGGGCUGCCUGCACAUCAGCCAAAUUGCUCUGGAAUCAGACUUGUCACUGGAUCAAAUAUUUGUGGCUUCUUGAUUAGUUCCUUUUAGACUUAUGGAGUCAAUAACACUGGUUCUGCCACAACCAUGAUGCGAUACUAUCAAAGACUUUUGCGUUUGGAGUUGUGACCCUGCCAAGUGGAUGCUACUCUCCUGGUGGCUCUCUCACUGCAGAAGAAUAAUCUAUGAACUGAAUUAACAUACUUGAAGAGCAUCUAAAGUGCUCAAAGACUCAGUGCUUCCGUACUGUUUCUAUUAGUGACAAUGAAAUAGUAAUACUUUUCAGUUGUUUUUAUUUUUAUUUUUUAAAGAUGAAUAAAUUUGCUGUUUUAAAAAGGAAAAUUAUGUCUUACACCUGUUUGCUUAGUGUUUCAAAAGACAAAAAAAGCACCUAGUACAAAAAAAACAAAUACUUAGCCAUCUCACUGUAAAUCUUUUUGUUUCUAACCUAGUGUGACUAGUGUAUAAUAUUGCAUUGAAAACAAUUAUCAUCAGUAGCAGGUCAAUGGGAUUAUAGAUGGUAAAGGUGGGUCAUCAUUAUUUUUAUCCGCCAGAAAUGUUAGUUUCCUAAUUGUGUCAAAGCAUGACUCAGAAAAAUGAAAGAGAGCUCUGUGGUAACAGGAAUAUCAAUUGAUCCUUUUUUUCCUGCAUGCACACACAAUACUAACCCUAACAUGUUCCAGAGAGGAUGUAAUAUCCUCCAAGUGCCUUAAUUGCUCAGUGCCUAUUAUACUACUAUAGCUGUUGAAGGGAUGUGUGCUGCAAACUCUAUUCUUCUCUUUUCAGCCUGAAUCAUCAAUGGUAAACUUAUUUUUCUGAAUUUCCAUAUUGAUGUUUACAAAAAACAAAACAAAAUAAGUUUGGAAAAUAAGCAAAGCCCUCAGAUUUCUCUGUGGUUGUCACCAUAUUUUCACUGAACUUCCAACUCUUACUGUUCUGUUAACAAGUCAGAAUGGCGCUCAUAUGUCUAUGAUAGCGCUACAGCUGGCGGAAACGGAAACACGUCAUCUUACCAGAAUAAAAAUAAGCGCGUUAGUAAACGCAUACCGGAGA